AGAUCAAUGGAGCUGAUCUGCUUCUUCCUCCUCCCAUGUUUCACGGCAGAAGCAGCGUACAAAGUGUGGUGGUACGUCUCAGCAGCCAACCAAAUCCCAUACUACGGCAACAACAUGUACAUCAGCUACAUCACCAGCUGUGCACUGGAGCUCUGCUCCUGGCUCUACAGAACCUCCAUCUUCUUCUUCGUCUGCAUCCUCUUCCGCCUCGUCUGCCGCCUCCAGAUGGUGUGCCUCGAAGAUUUCGGGCGCGCCUUCCAUCGGGAGACGGAGGUGGGCGCCAUCUUGAGGCAGCAUUUGGGGCUCAGAAGAACCCUCAGAAUCGUCAGCCAUCGGUUCAGAGUGUUCAUGUUGCUGUCUCUGGUUUUGGUCACCGCCAGUCAAUUUAUAUCUCUCUUGAUGACUACCAGAUCCAAUGCCCAUGUCAAUCUCUCCAAGGCUGGACAACUUGCGCUAUGCUCCGUCAGCCUGGUGACAGGCAUCUUCAUAUGCCUCCGAAGUGCUGCAAAGAUCACCCACAAGGCACAGUCCAUCACGUGCCUUGCUGCCAAGUGGCACGUCGCCGCCAUCAUAAACACCUUCGACGACCUCGACGGUGAGACGCCGACGGCAGCUCGGGUCAUGUCAACCAUUGUAUCUAAUUCUGAUGACGAAUAUGAGGAUGAUGACGACUUGGACGAUGCCAAAUUAAUGCCAGUUUUUGCCCACACAAUCUCAUUCCAAAAGAGGCAGGCAUUAGUGGUAUAUUUGAGGAAUAACAAAGCAGGAAUUACAGUGUAUGGAUUCAUGGUGGACAGAACAUGGCUGAAAUCCAUUUUUGCCAUUGAACUUGCACUUGUCCUGUGGCUGCUCAACAAGACUGUUGGUAUUUCUUGAACUUUUUUGCUACCUCUUACACAAUUUAAAUUUCCUAAUCUCCAUAAAUAUUAUUUAUGAAUUUUACUUAUAUAUAUACAUACAUAUAUACAUACAUGUAGUAUAUGCGUGUGUAUUUAUGUGGAUCUACAAGAAAUUUUGAUUUGUACGAUGAAAUCUUUGCGACCUGAAAUAACGUCGAAAAUGUUAC